AAAACCAACCCCACAAAACCCUCUCAACAAAACACAAAACCUCACAAACAAAAGUCACCAAACACCGCUAAUCUUUAAUAUUUUCAUCAUCCCCUCUAAAAAAUGGACUGUUCAUCAAAUAUCACAACUCUCAACCACCAUAACCAACACCAACUUCCAUCAUCAUCUUCAUCUCCAUCAUCAACCUUUUCUCGGUACGAAAAUCAGAAACGCCGCGACUGGAAUACCUUCGGACAAUACCUUAAAAACCACCGUCCUCCACUUUCUCUUAACCGUUGUAGUGGGGCCCAUGUCCUGGAGUUUCUCCGGUACUUAGAUCAGUUCGGAAAAACUAAGGUCCAUACCCAUCUUUGUCCCUUUUACGGGCACCCAAACCCGCCCGCGCCAUGCCCAUGCCCGCUUCGACAAGCGUGGGGAUCUCUUGAUGCGUUGAUCGGACGGCUAAGAGCUGCUUAUGAAGAAAAUGGGGGUAAACCCGAGAUGAACCCGUUUGGGGCUCGGGCUGUAAGGCUUUAUCUUAGGGAAGUUAGAGAUUCUCAGUCUAGGGCUAGAGGAAUUAGCUAUGAGAAGAAGAAGCGUAAGAGGCCCGUUGUUGCACAACUGGUUGAUACCAAUACUGGUAAUGAUCCUGCUACUAUCUAAGAAGGUUCUAGAAAAUGAUGAUGAUGAUAAUUCAUGUGGUAAACUUAUUAAUUAGUAUAAUAUUUAACUGUGUUUAAUUUAAUUUUGUACUCUUCUUUUAUUUGAUGGUUAAUUAAUUAUGUAUCACUAUUUAGUUUUAAUUAAUUAGCUGAAAAUCAAAUUUGAAACUUUUUCAGAAUAGUAUCAUUGAGAUAAGAUUCCAUUAUCAUGCAUUACUAUUUAAGAGAUUUUCCCUUAUUAUAAACAGUCUUGGUUUUUGUUCAGAGUUUACGACUUAUGAGUUAGGGAUAUGGAUGAUGAAUUAGGUUAGUUCCAAAUUAGGGUUAGC